GGGGAGGGGCGCCUCCUGCCCUAGACGGGUGGGCUUCCCUGUUCUCUGUCAUCGGCCUGCUUUGCAUAGGCCUAACUGACGGGGGGUGGUUGGGAGGGAGUUGCACUUGAGAGCCUCCAUUGUGUCGCUCUUCUGCCCUUUGAAGGGAAGGUGCUGUGAAACGUUUAGUGUUUGGGGUUUUUUGAAAUCAAGUGUCUUCUUUGGCGAUCACUCGUAGCCAAGUAAGAUUGUCUUCCGUGAACAUGGCUUUAACAGUGAGUCUGUAAGUGACUGUGGAGGCCAGUUCUGCAUCCACACGUCCUUCCAUAGGUUUCCAGGUGGGAGUUGAUCACAGUGAGGGUUUGCCAAGUGUGCCUUCCUCUUAGCACGUUUCUCCCUUUCAUCCUGUGCACAAGCGUCUUCAAAACCCACUACACCUUGGUAAAGGCUGUUCAGGAAACAGUCGUCUUUGAACACUUCUCCCCACCCCCCUCCUCGCAGAAAAAGCUUGAAUUGGGGGCUGGGGAGUUGGCAGGCCUAAUUUCAAGUGGGCUCAGGUGCCUUGUAACUUCGUCUUUCUCUUGCAGUUCAUAAGGGCAUGGCGGGGCUAUAAAUAGGCCAGCAUGGCCCUCAUGAAAACAAGCCUCAGGACCCAAUGCUGACAUCAGCUUGGAGUGUGUUCAGUGUUUUGGAAAGAGCGGCACUUUACUCUUAACUUUCGUUUGCCCUGCUGAGUAAAAGAUACAGGAGCCAUCCCAGAUUCCUAUGCAUGGAGUAAAUAGGUAUUAGUACUGCUGUCUUUGAAAAGAACUCUGCCAUUAUCCAAGAAGACAGGCAUAGUUGCAUUCUGUUCUAGAACUGUCCACACAUCUCUUUCAAGUGUGGAAAGACACCAGAUGAGACUGCAGGGAUUGUCAUGUGUGGAUUUAUGCCAAGGUACCCAAGAACCAGUUGGAUCAUGGAUUUUCCAGGGCACUUCGAGCAAAUCUUUCAGCAGUUGAACUAUCAGCGGCUUCAUGGUCAGCUGUGUGACUGUGUCAUUGUGGUGGGGAACCGGCACUUCAAAGCACAUCGCUCAGUCUUGGCAGCUUGCAGCACACACUUCCGUGCUCUUUUCACUGUAGCAGAAGGAGAUCAGACCAUGAACAUGAUCCAGUUGGACAGUGAAGUAGUGACAGCUGAAGCUUUUGCUGCUCUCAUUGAUAUGAUGUACACUUCCACACUCAUGCUUGGAGAGAGCAAUGUUAUGGAUGUGUUGCUAGCAGCUUCUCACCUCCAUUUGAACUCUGUGGUUAAAGCCUGCAAACACUACCUUACUACAAGGACUCUACCAAUGUCUCCACCAAACGAUAGAGUGCAGGAGCAGAAUGCACGCAUGCAACGGUCUUUCAUGCUUCAGCAGCUGGGAUUGAGCAUAGUGAGCUCUGCAUUAACUUCUACCCAAAGCACAGAAGAACAGACAAAUUCUAUGAGCUCAUCAAUCAGAAGUAACAUAGAGCAACGGAGUGCUUUUCCGAUCAGACGUCUCCAUAAACGUAAGCAGACUUCUGAAGAAAGAGCGAGACAACGCAUUAGGGCUCCCAUAGAUGAUUCUAUCAUGUCAGAUGUUACUCCAGAGAGCGCACAGACUGUGGUUCAUUCACGAGAUGAAUUUUUUUCCCCAGACUCGCUGAAAAUUGUUGACAAUUCUAAACCCGAUGGUGUAACUGACAACCAGGAAGAUAAUACUAUUAUGUUUGACCAGUCUUUUGGUGCCCAAGAAGAUGCACAAGUGCCAAGCCAGUCGGACAACAGUGGGGGAAAUAUUUCUCAAAUGUCUAUGGCAUCACAGGCAACUCAAGUGGAAACUAGCUUUGAUCAGGAAACAUCUUCCCAAAAAAAUAACUUUCAGUGUGAGAAUCCUGAGGUUGGACUAAAUGAAAAAGAACACAUGAGGGUAGUGGUGAAAUCUGAGCCUUUGAGUUCUCCAGAGCCCCAGGAUGAAGUGAGUGAUGUGACUUCCCAAGCAGAGGGAAGCGAGUCUGUUGAAGUGGAAGGCGGAGGACCAAGUGCUGAAAAGAUAGAACUGAGCCCCGAGAGUAGCGACCGUAGCUUCUCUGACCCACAGUCUAGUACCGACAGGGUGGGAGAUAUCCAUAUCAUGGAAGUAGCAAAUAACCUGGAACACAAAUCUACCUUCAGUAUUUCUAAUUUUCUGAAUAAGAGCAGAGCCAGCAGUUUUGGUGCUGGCCCGAAUAAUGAGGACAACAUUCCAAAUACAACCAGUGACUGUAGAAUGGAUAGUGAUGCCUCUUAUUUAAUUAGCCAAGAAUCUGGGCCUGCUAAUGGUCAUUCCUCUGCCACUGUCUCUCAUGUAGAGAACCCGUUCAACGAGAGUGCAGACUCCCAUUUUGUCAGGCCUAUGCAGGAUGUAAUGGGUCUUCCUUGUGUACAAACUUCCGGCUACCGGGCAGCAGAGCAGUUUGGAAUGGACUUCCCAAGAUCUGGCUUGGGGUUGCAUUCUUUAUCGAGGGCAGUCAUGAACUCGAGAGGCGGUGCCACCACCUUUCCUGGGUAUCGCCGCAUAGCUCCUAAAAUGCCUGUAGUGACCUCUGUUCGGAGCUCUCAGAUUCCGGACAAUGCUCCGAAUUCUCAGCUGCUGAUGAAUGGAGCCACUUCCUCUUUUGAAAAUGGGCAUUCUUCCCAAUCUGGCCCACCGCAGUUGACCAGAGCGUCUGCUGAUGUUCUUUCAAAAUGAACGUGUGCCAUUACACCAAGUGCAGAGUGCCAUUGUCUUACCACUGAAAAACAUCCAUCAUGACUCUCUGCACAGCUAUGUAGGCGGCAGAGCUUCCGAGUUUGGUUUCAGCCUUCCCUAGUCCUAAGGCUACCAGAGCCUCAACAAGUAGGAGAGUACCCACACCCUCCUUUUAAGUUCAGGCUGUUGAAAACAGAUACACAUCCAUUGCGGGGGAAAGCUUUGGAACUGCACAUGGCAGAGGCUAUUACACAGAGGGCAGGCUUUUUACCUUGGCGGGGGGGGGGGGGGAGAAAGAGGUGAGCCACAGAAAUUGUUGUGGGUACUAGCAGGAGGCAGAAGCAGAUAGUGGGCUUGAAGCAGCACAAUGCAAGUGACUUGAUUGACUUUGACAGUGGAAUUAUGGUUUGAUGGGUGGAUGGAAGAGAGAUAAAAUGUGGGGGGGGGGGGUACCACCCCAUUUAGAACUAACGACAAGAAUUAUCGUAUAUGGCAGUUUAAAGACAACUUCAAAAAAUGUGCUUCCCCACAAGGAAUACAUCCUCAGCAACUGUAGGCAAUCUUACGAGUUCAAGUAAAUUACGUGAUUAUUUUUUUUAAUAAAGUUUCCCCUCUACGGCAGGCAUCCCCAAACUUGGUCCUCCAGAUGUUUUGGGACUACAACUCCCAUCAUCCCUGGCUAUCAGGGCCAGUGGUUGGGGAUGAUGGGAAUUGUAGUCCUAAAAACAUAUGGAAGGCUGAGUUUGGGGAUGCCUGCUCUACGGUAUCCCCAUAAUUAAAAAAAAUUAAGAUGUAGAUGCUCUAAGAUAGAGCCUGACAUCUUGCUCUUGUUUUAGGCCUGUGCAUGAUCAAAACUGUAAGACGCACUGAUUUCCACUGCAAACCUUUUGGCAGCAACAAAACACACCCAGUUCUGCUUCUGAAAGUGGGAAAGUUGUCAUUUGGAUGGAAUUCAAGUUGCACUGAGGCCUCAGGGACUAAAGAAUCUGCUUGGGAUGUGCAGAGGGCUGAACUCAGAGAAAAAACUGCCAUGACAGUUGGAGAUUUGUUUCCUUACAUUUAAUCAAAUAUCAAUAAGGCAGGAUGAGAAACCAGGUCUCAGUAAUUUGUGGAUUGGCUACAAUUGGGGAAGCCUGGAAAUCCUCUACCUUUUAAAACAGGUCAUGGUAAGAGCUCCCCCACUGAAGCCUUUGAAAAAAUAACUUUAGCAGUAGAGGCCACUAUAGAAGGAAAUGGAGAGAAGCUCAUUAUUUUCAGUCUGCUACUUUCUGUCUGCUUCUAAUUGAACAGUUGUAGAAAACAUUCCAGUACAUGGCAUCUUAAUUACUUUGUAUAAGAUAUAGAGUAUUGCUUU